UGUGGUGAACAGACCUGGCCUGUUGCACGGAAGUGGAGAACAAAUGCGACAUUCGUGUUUAGCUGUGGAAUCUCGAUUCAGUGUUUAAACCCUCUGACUGACUGGACUACACGUCAUUGAACUAUGUCCAAACUGCCAAUUGGCUCUGCUUCCGCUUCCACUCUUAAUCCACUCUGUGAAGCGUGUACUUGACCUCAAGGAGCACAUUCAACAAGACAUUCAGAAGCUGGAGCUGGGAUGGACGCCGUGGCUUUUGAAGACGUGGCUGUGGACUUUUCCCCGGAAGAGUGGGCCUUGCUGGAUCGUUCUCAGAGGAAACUCUAUAGACAUGUGAUGAUGGAAACUUUCAGAAACCUGGCCUCAGUAGUUUCCCAAAAACCUGAUGAUGGAGAAAAGCUGUACACCGAAAAUACAAUAGUACAAUUCCUGAAAAGUGGCUCUUGGUCCUCCAAGGUAGGAGAAAUAUGUGGAUUUCACGUCAUUGCAGAUCAGGAUAAUAACCGGAACAGUCAUGCAAGCAGAAGAUAUAUUGAAGAGAAUGUCUGUGAAAUUAAGAAGAGUCAGCGUGGACAGACCUACAGCCGGAUUCCAGGUCUUCACCUGCUCAAAAGAACUUACAUUGGACCAUAUCCUUCAGCGUCUCUUCACUGUGGAAAAUCCUCCAUGGACCAAUCGUCAUCACUUAAGCGUGAUCCUAGUCUUCACUCUGAAUGUGACACCUGUCAGGAUGGAGAACACGGAGCAGGCUGCAGGUGUCCUUCCUCCCACAGUCCUUUGAGAAGGCUAACUGGAGAGAAACCUAAGGAAUGUAAGGACUAUGGAAGUGACAGUGAGGAGAAGCCCUUUGAUUGUAAGCAGCGUGGCAAAGUUUUUAAUAUUUUUUCACACUUGGCUAGGCAUAUAAGAACUCACAGUGCAGAGAAGCCCUAUGAAUGUAAGGUGAGUGACCAAUCCUUUACUGAUCCCUCACACAUUGUUGCACAGCAGAGAUUUCACAGUGGGCAGAAGCCUUAUGAAUGUCAGGAUUGUGGAAAAGGUUUUACACACCUUCUUUACCUUACUCGACAUAGGAGAACCCACAGUCGAGAGAGGCUUUAUGAGUGCAAGCAGUGUGACAAAGCCUUUAUUCAUCAAUCAGCCCUCAUUCACCAUGGGAGCAUUCAUAGUGAAGAGAGGCCUUUUGAAUGUAAGGAAUGUGGAAAGGCUUUUACUGAUCACUCUACCCUCUCUAAACAUAGCAGCACUCACAGUGAAGAGAGGCCUUUUGAGUGUAAGGUUUGUGGGAAAGGUUUUAAGUACCGUUCAUACCUUACUGUACAUUGGAGAACUCACAGUGGAGAGAAGCCUUAUGAAUGUAAGGUAUGUGGGAAAGUAUUUGCUCACCAAGCAUCCAUCAUUAAACAUAGCAGAAUUCAUAGUGGAGAGAGGCCUUAUGAAUGUAAGGAGUGUGGGAAAACCUUUACUCAACACUCUCACCUUAUUACACAUAGGAGAAUACACAGUGGAGAGAAGCCUUAUGAAUGCGAGGAGUGUGGCAAACCCUUCAGUAAUCAACCAGCCUUCAUUCAACAUAGGAGAACUCACAGUGGAGAAAGGCCCUAUGAAUGUAAGGAAUGUGGGAAAGCAUUUUCUCACCAAACAGCCCUCAUUACACAUAGCAGAAUUCAUAGUGGGGAGAAGCCUUAUGAAUGUAAGGAGUGUGGGAAAGCCUUUACUCAACACUCUCACCUUAUUACACAUAUGAGAAUUCAUAGUGGAGAGAAACCUUAUGAAUGUAAGGAGUGUGGGAAAGCCUUUACUCAACACUAUUACCUAAUUGCACAUAGGAGAAUUCAUAGUGGCGAGAAGCCUUAUGAAUGUAAGGAGUGUGGAAAAACCUUUACUCAACAUUCUUACCUUAUUUCACAUAGGAGAAUGCACAGUGGAGAGAAGCCUUAUCAAUGUAAGGAAUGUGGGAAAGCAUUUUCUCACCAAACAUCCAUCAUUACACAUAGCAGAAUUCAUAGUGGCAAGAAGCCUUAUGAAUGUAAGGAGUGUGGGAAAGCUUUUACUCAACACAUUAACCUUAUUGUACAUAGGAGAAUUCAUAGUGGAGAGAAGCCUUAUGAAUGUAAGGAGUGUGGGAAAAUCUUUACUCAACACUAUCACCUUAUUACACAUAGGAGAACUCACCAUGGAAAGAGUCCUUAUGAAUGUAAGGAAUGUGGAAAAGCCUUUACUUGUCACUCCACCCUCAGUAAACAUAGGAGAAUUCACAUUGGAGAGAAACCUUAUGAAUGUAAGUAAUGUUGCAAAGCCAUUAGUUCUGCCUCAACCCUCAUUCAGCAUGGAACUCACAGGAAAGAGGCCUAGUGAAUGUAAGUGUGGCAAAGACUUUGGUUCCUCCUCAUCCCUCAUUUAACAUGAUAAUCCACAAUGGAAAGAAUACUGGGGCAUGUAAGGAAUAUGGCAAAGCCUUUGCUUAUUCCUCAGCUCCCAGUUCAGCUAGGAUUUCUCACAGUGAAUCCGUAAUGUAGCAAAGUCAUUCCUUGGUCCUCAGCUUCACGAAACAUUAACAUAGCCAUUAAACUAAACACUUAACUACACUGCAGUGAACACUCAGGAAUUCACAAUGGAGACAGGAAUUCAGAGUAUAA